UUAAGCUGCAUAACCUUGAGCUGGCACGCAAGUAGUAGUAGCAAGUGACGAAUUGUUGUAGUACUGCUAACCACCUGCAGGUGGGCUACAAGGAAAAAGAAACAAUGGCGACGCACGGUGUCUUUCGACCGGGUUUGUUCAACCAUAAAGUUGCAAUUGUGACCGGUGGAGCGACUGGCAUUGGAAAAGCAAUAUCCACUGAGCUUAUAUUACUUGGUUGUAGUGUGGUGAUUUCCAGCAGAAAAGCAGAGAGAUUGGAGGCAGCCGCCCAAGAGAUGCGAAAAACAAUUCCAGCUUCCAGCCCUGCAUGUGUCACUCCUCUACGUUGCAACAUUCGUAAUGAGGAUGAGGUGAAGGUUCUUGUAUCUUCAGUGCUGAAGCAGUAUGGUCACAUAGACUUUCUGGUGAACAACGGUGGCGGUCAGUUCAGUAGUCCAGCAGAGAACAUGUCUUCUAAAGGAUGGAAAGCUGUGAUUGACACAAACUUGACUGGCACCUUUCACUGUUGCAAGGAGGUAUACACUACAUGGAUGAAGCAACAUGGAGGUGUGAUCAUUAACAUUAUUGCUGACAUGUGGAAAGGAUUUCCGGGCAUGGCCCACACAGGUGCAGCCAGAGCAGCGGUGGAUAACUUAACAAAGAGCUUGGCCAUUGAGUGGGCUGCCUCAGGUGUCCGGGUCAAUGCUGUUGCGCCGGGCACAAUUUUCUCUAAAACGGCAAUGGAGAACUACAAAGAGCUGGGACCAACUCUUUUCAAGAUGUCCAUUCCAUUUAGUCCUGCAAAGAGACUUGGGCUGCCAGAAGAGAUAUCCUCUGCAGUUUGUUUCCUGCUCUCUCCUGCCGCCUCCUACAUCUCUGGAGCCACACUGAGGGUGGAUGCAGGGCAGAGUCUGUACCACUCCAUGUGGGAGAUCCCCAAUCAUAGUGCAUGGCCCGAAGGUCCAAAGGGGGAGAACUUGGAUGCAUUGAAGAACCUCCUCAACCCUCAAAGCAAGCUAUGAUUAAUUUGUCCCACAAUGAUACCAUCAAAAACACAAAUGCUUUAUGCUGAUUGAUUUAAACAAGACACGGAUACUUUGUCAUAGUAAUGUACCGGAACGUGAAUAACUAAUUAUCUGUGAUCAUUACUAUGAUAAUGAUGUGCAUGUUAUACAUUUAUUAAUACAUCGUGCCCGAAAUUCUCCUAUGGCAAAGGUGAUUAAACAUUUUCGCACCACUGCUGCGUUGCCGUUGUGAUGUUUUCGUUUGUUUUGUCGCAAAGCGCUUGCCAUACUACUGCCGUAGAGCAAAUUAGAAACUGUCGUAACAACGCAGAAGCAGAGGUCACGACACGGGGUCCAGUAUGGGAGGUGACCAUGGCCACAGCAAGAUGUCCAUGCCAGACUGGCAGCAAUGGAAGACAAAGGGCACUCCACUGGAGUUUACACAGCAAAGACUGGCAGCCAGGGGCCUCAAUGACCCAUGGGCCCGAAAUGAGGCAUGGAGGUAUGCGGGUGGCUUUGCGCGUGCUGUGACUCUGUCCGACGUACUGCUGAGAGGAUUCAAGUGGGGCUUUGCUGCCUUUACUGUUGCUCUGGCUGUUGAGUAUGCCUUUUUUCCACCAAAGAAGGGUUCCCACUAAUGCACAUUGUAAUCCCCACUCUUGUCCCCAAUACACCGUCUUUGAUUCCAGUGCUAUUCUGAAUUCAUUUAUUAACUAAAAGUCUCUUUGCUCACUA